CUGCUGCUUAGUGCUUUUGCCAUUGCAGAGGAUCCUUGACUCUCAGCGAAACUACGAGUAUAUUGAUCUUGUGAAGCCACUUGACCAUGGACUCCCCAAUGUGCCUCGUUAAAAACGCCGACGGAGAACUUUGCGUAGAACCAGAGGCCAUCGACUACCUGAAGGAACUGAAACAGAAAGUCGUAGUUGUGKCGGUGGUCGGGCUGUAUCGCACCGGAAAGUCCUACCUCAUGAACAAGCUGGCUCAGAAGAGAAGAGGUUUUGCCCUUGGAAACACCAUCCAGUCCAAGACUAAGGGCAUCUGGAUGUGGUGUGUCCCUCAUCCUGAAAAAACAGACCACACCCUGGUGCUGCUGGAUACAGAGGGGCUGGGGGACGUGGAGAAGGGGGAUUCUAAGAAUGAUGCCUGGAUCUUCUCCCUGGCCAUUCUGUUAAGCAGUACUCUGGUCUACAACAGUCAAGGGACCAUCAACAAUGAUGCUGUGGAGAAGCUUCAAUAUGUGAACGAGCUAACCGAGAUGAUCAAGGUGAAGUCUUCCACUGACGAUGAGGAGGAAGAGGGCACCCAGUUUAUGCAGUUCUUCCCUAAUUUUGUGUGGACCGUCAGAGAUUUCACUCUAAAGCUCGAGAUCGACGGCAGAGAAAUCACUCCAGACCAGUAUCUGGAGAAUUCCCUGCAACUCAAGAAAGGUACUAGUAACAAGAUCAAUGACUACAACCUCCCGCGAGAGUGCAUCCGGAACUUCUUCCCCUCACGCAAGUGUUUUGUGUUCCCCUCCCCUACAACUCCUGACAACGUGCACCGACUGGACUCCAUGGACGAGGCUGAGCUUUCUGAAAGCUUCAGAGAGGUCGCAGAUACUUUCUGCCGCUUCAUUUUCCAGGAGAGCCGUACGAAAACUGUUAUAGGGGGACACACAUUGACUGGAGAGAGUGAGUCAGAUAUCUACCUACAGUACAUGCUGGGGCACUUGGUCACCACCUAUGUGGAUACCAUAGCCAAAGGCAAUGUGCCCUGUCUGGAGAAUGCUGUGUUGGCCAUGGCUAAAAUUGAGAAUCAGGCUGCUGUGGAUAAGGGCCUGGCGGUGUACCAGAAGGGAAUGGAGGAUGUGAAGGCCUUAUUCCCGGUGGACAUCAAUCAGCUGUCAGAGAACCACCUUCGCUCAGAGACCCAGGCCACAGAGGCGUUCAUGAAGCGAUCCUUCAAAGACGAAAAUGGGGAAUUCUUGAAAGCUCUUGUGGAGGCCAUUGGUAACCACUCCGCCGACCUUUUCAAACAAAACAAGGAUGCCUCAGAGAAGAAGUGCAAGGCCCUUCUGGAGAAUCUGUCUGCUCCGAUGGAUCAGGGGAUAAAGGAGGGGACGUACGCCACACCAGGAGGCUAUGAGCUAUACUGCAAUCACCAUGACAACAUAGUGGCACAGUACCGGGCCGAGCCCAACAAAGGAGUCAGGGCUGAGAAGGUUCUGGAGCAGUUCCUGAAAGGAAAGAGUGCAGAGUCCAACUCCAUCCUGCAAGCUGACAAAAAACUGACGGAAAAUGAGAAAGAAAUCCAAGCUGAGAAGAAGAAAACAGCUGAGCUGGAGCAGGAGAAGGCAGCAUUGAAUGAGCAAAAAACAGUGAUGGAGCGCACCAUUGAGAACAUUGGCAGGGGCCAGAAGAAGUACUUGAAGGAGAUGAAAAAGAAGAUGAAGGAGAAGGAGAGGAAGCAACAGCAGCAGGAGUUCAACAUGACUCUGGACCGCAGGAUGCAGGAGCAGAAAGAUCUCCUGGAGAUGGGCCAUAAGGAGAAGGCUGAGCUGAUGAGACAAGAGAUCGAGGAGAUAAAGAAGAAAUAUCAAUUGGAAUACCCAGAAUCAGUCUGUCAACUGAUUUAACUUGUAAUAUAUGCUGGCUCCUUUCCUGUUUCAAAGUUGUUACGGGAAAUGUAUAUAUUUCCCAAAUUGACCUUCUCCUGUAACAUACAGUAUAUAUAUGUAACAAAUGUAAGCCCUUUACAAUACCCAGAAUCAGAAGGAUCUGCUGGAUGACUACAAGCAGCAGGCUGAGGAACAGAACAAAAAGAUGGAAGCAUUAAUGUCAGCGCUCAACAAUAAAUCACAGGCCCCCGUACAAGUUGUUGAACGACUCUGUAUGGUAAUGUGAUCUACUCCCCUCCACUUAGAAUGCCUGACUAUGAAAAGUAAACUGAUAUUGAGUCUUGAAGAGUUGAAGUGUUUGUCCUCUACAGCCAUCGCUGUUUUUAUCUGGUUAUUAUAUUAUCUAUAACCAUCAUUGUGUUUAUCUCUCCCUGCUGGUUAUCUAUGAAAGUUUGAAUGUCUUGAAAAACUAUCUGCCGUUCAUGGCCACAUGAGCCUGGUUCCUAUUUAGGUUUCUUCCUAGGUUCCUGCCUUCUAGGGAGUUUUUCAUAGCCACUGUGCUUCUGCCUCUGCAUUGCUUGCUCUUUGGGGUUUUAGGCUGGGUAUCUGUAAAUCACUGUGUGACAACUGUUAAUGUAAAAGGUCUUUAUGAAAUAAAUUGUAUUGAUU